AUGCUGGUGCUAAUAUUGCUUCUAUUAAAUUUAUCUGACGAUGUUUUCAGUUUGCGGCGGCAUCACUGGUGGCAUCCAUUACCCAAAUGUGGACCAUACGAAGUAGCAAGUCCUUGUGCAAUAACUUGCCCACCUCAAUCAUGCGAUAGCCUGUUUACAGAUUAUUAUUUGUGUGAGGAAGCAACACAUUGUAGUCCGGGAUGUAACUGUAUUCACAAUUAUUUAAGAAAUGAUCAUGGCGUCUGUAUUCCGAUGGAGCAAUGCUUUGCAGAUUUAUAUCAUCCUGGUCUUCAUCCUAGAAGAAAUCCUAUGACGUGGUAUCGAAACUGGUAUCAGCUCAUAAAAAGUCGUCUGAUAGACUCAUUACUUGUUUCCUAUACUGACGCUGAAUCAUCACUAUCUUCUGUUUCUGUUUCUUGUUACAUUUCUCAUCAUACUGGGCCUAACAGCGCUACUAUGUGCAAUGGUGACCCCAACGCUAUGGUGUUUGAUUGUCCUUCACCCUGUCCACCCACUUGCGAUCAACCAGAUACUAGCGGUCUGGCCUGUAUUGCUAUGUGUGAUCCCAGUGGCUGUAUAUGCAAAGAGGGAUACAUUUUGUCGAAGAUUGGCGGGCAAUGUGUUCUGCCACAUGAAUGUCCAGGUGGUGCUCCGAAAUGUUCUGGUAAUAAAACCUACGUUGACUGCUAUAUUGAGUGUACUAAUAGAUACUGUCCAGGAGAUUAUAGCGACGCAUUAGUCAUUUACGAUCCAGUGUACCCUUGUGCGCCGGGCUGUGCGUGUAAGGACGGCUAUCUUAUGUUAAAUAGCGAUGAUCGACGAUGUGUUUUAGCCGCUGAAUGUCCACCAGUUCAAUGCACAGGACCAAAUGAAAUAUGGGAUCCCGCUCCUUUAAAUUGCAAUCGACGGAGAUGCGAAGAUGUUAAUAUUAAUACAGAAUGUAUAGAUCUAUCAACUGGGACUCCGCAAUGUGUCUGUAAACCUGGGUAUUAUAGAGACAUAAACAAUUUAUGUGUACCGGCUUCUGAAUGUGGUAAAUGUAAUGGAGAUCCUAAUGCAAUUUCAAAACAAUGCGUUACGUCUUGUGCGCCAACCUGUGCGGAUCCAGAUGUCUCAAAUAAAUUCUGCAUCGAAGUUUGUUCAACAAGCGGUUGUGAAUGCAAACCAGGAUACAUUUUAUCCAAGAUAGGAGGAGUGUGUAUUGAGCCGGCAAGUUGUCCAGGUGGAUCUCCUUUAUGUGGUGGAAAUAAAACCUACGUGGAUUGUUUCAUCGGCUGCCCGACUAAUUACUGCCCAACCGACGAUAGUCGAGCAAUGAUUGCUUGUUCCAUUGCUUUCCCGUGUCCUCCAGGCUGUGCUUGCAAUCCAGGAUAUAUGAUAUUGAGCUACGAAGACCAAAGAUGUGUUAAAUCUUCAGAGUGUCCACCAGUAAACUGUACAAGGCCUAACGAAGUCUGGGAUCCUGCUCCUUCUAUCUGCUACUCAGAGAGUUGUGAAGACACAAAAUCGGAUUGUAGUGACAAUCCUGGUCCUCCAAGAUGUGUGUGUCAAAGUGGAUUUUACAGAAACAAGGAUGAUAUUUGUGUACCAGCUUCGGAAUGUGAUACGGGGUGUAAUGGUGAUCCAAAUGCAAUGCGAAGCGCUUGUCCAAGUUAUUGUCCACCUACUUGCGAUGAGCCAAGCUCGUUUGGUAAAAUAUGCAUAGACGCGUGCGAUCCAGUCGGCUGCGUGUGCAAACCAGGAUACAUUUUGACGAAAUAUCCUGAUGGAAAAUGUGUUAAAGCUGAGGAGUGCCCAGGUGGAUCUCCGUCAUGUGGUGAAAAUAAAACAUACGUGGAUUGUUUCGUCGGCUGCCCAACGAAUUACUGCCCUUUGGAUGAUAGUCAAGCUAUGAUAGCAUGUGACAUUGCUUUUCCUUGUCCUCCAGGCUGUGCUUGCAAUCCAGGAUAUUUGAUGCUGAGCUACGAAGACCAACGAUGUGUUAAAUCUUCAGAGUGUCCACCAAUAAACUGUACAAGACUUAACGAAGUGUGGGAUCCUACGCCAUCUAACUGCUACUCAGAGAGCUGUGAAUACAUGAAUUCGGUUUGUAGUGACCAUUAUCCUGGUCCCCCGAGAUGUGUAUGUAAAAGUGGAUUUUACAGAAACAAGAACGAUAUUUGUGUACCAGCUUCGGAAUGUGGUAAGUGA